GUGCCACUUUCAGGUCUCCUCACACUGCUGGUGUGUUCCAUUUUUUGUCAUAGGGUGCUGGCAGAUUACGGGCCUCCCAUAGCUGCUGCCAGGCCCCUAAUCUGCCAUGGGCCCCCUGUACCGCCUCCUCAUGCUGCUGCCAGGUCCAGAGUCUCUCAUGGGUCCCUGUACGGCCUCCCAUUGCUGCUGUCUCCAUCGCCACACUCUGCCAUGUGCCACUUUCAGGUCUCCUCACACUGCUGGGUGUGUUCCAUUUUUUGUCAUAGGGUGCUGGCAGAUUACGGGCCUCCCAUAGCUGCUGCCAGGCCCCUAAUCUGCCAUGGGCCCCUAUACCGCCUCCUCAUGCUGCUGCCAGGUCCAGAGUCUCUCAUGGGUCCCUGUACGGCCUCCCAUUGCUGCUGUCUCCAUCGCCACACACUCUGCCAUGUGCCACUUUCAGGUCUCCUCACACUGCUGGUGUGUUCCAUUUUUUGU